UCCAAAGUCAGCCAGCCAGUCAUCGUCCAUCCGUACAUCCGUCCAUCCACCUCGACCUAGACUUGGAUUUGUGUGCGUGUUAAUGCUGUGUCACGAUCUGUUCAGUUGAUUAUUGCACCGCCAGCUUAGAAUCUACGCACUCGUAUCUACAGAAGUGGUACUUCCGUUCCCGCUCUCCGUCCUCGAUUGGUUGAACCAUGAAAAUGAGGACGAGCCUCUGGCUGCCCAUCGUUGUGUGGGUGGGGAUCAGUGGGUUCACGGAAUGUUGGGGGAAAUCUUGGUCGCGAGAAAUCACCGUGAUCGUGGACGCUGGACAGACCGAUUGCUACUUCGUUCCCAAUGUGGAACGGGACCAAACCCUAGAGUUCGCCAUUCAGGUGGUGAGCGUGUCAUCAGCCACUGGGAAUAUCGACAUCAAUUUCCACGUGAUCUCCCCGUCCAAGAUUCACCUCCACACGAAUCAACGGGUGUCCCACACCAAAUAUGAGCACAAAAGCGCGGAACGAGGAGACUACCAAGUGUGCCUGGACAAUAGCUACUCCACUUUCGCGGGCAAGUCCAUAUUUGUGGACCUCCAGAUCAUCGACGAGGCCAACGAUUACUAUGACGAUUACCUGGACGAAGAGGAGCUGAAGUUGAUGCGGGGCUUGGACCGCGAUGAGUUGCUCUACACCCUCGAGGAGGUUCAUGAGAGCAUCCAUGCCAUCCGAUCCUACAUUCGAGACAUUGCUCAUCUCCAGGCCAGUCUCAUGGCCACCCACUCUCAAGAUCUGCACAUGGUGAGCAAGAAUGGGGAGAAGAUCACCCUGUGGUCAUCCCUUCACCUUUCGUUUCUGGUCGUGAUUGGCUUCAUCCAAGUGGGCAUGGUCAAGAGCCUUUUCAGCGAUAAGUCCAUUAUGCAUAACAUGUGGCGGAGGAUGGAGCGAUAGAUAACGUCGGCGUCUAAGACCAUGGGGGCUCACUGGGUCACACCCUUGAUCCAUCCCCAAUCAUGUGCCUUCCAUACGGGGGUAGUUGUUGUUAUCUUAACAUUGGCCGCGUGUCACAUAAAUGUUUUAUCUCAA